AGAAAAGGACAAUAUUCAGUUGUUGUACAGGCAAGUAUUAUCUUCUUCAGAUAUAUUUAACACUAAAAUGUAACUUCAAUAUAUGUAUGUAGGCAAUAGCGGGUAGCAAAAUGCGUUUUACUAAUGUAUUCGCUGGAUAUCCAGGACGGUGUCAUAUGGCACAACAGCCCAAUACGACAAGCUAUCAUAAACAAGACGCUUAAAAUUUCGCCACAAUAUCAUCUAUUGGGAAACGGUGCUUAUCCUUUAGAGACUUUUUUAAUGGUACCAUACAAAUAUAAUGGGUAUCUAACACAAGAACAAAAAAGAUUCAACGAUGUGCUAAGUUCGACAAAAGCCUUCAUAGAACAGGCUUUCGGUAUUUUGAAAAAAAUUUCGGAUUCUUAGUUAUCUUGAAAUCCAGAACUUGGUCUUGGCAAAGCACAUAAUAAUGGCUUGUAUGGUGCUUCACAAUUUUAUUAUUGAAAACGAAGAUUGUAAUAUAGACGAAGAAACUAUAAUAAAUCUAAUAGACGUUGAAUAUAAUUCACAACCUGAUGUGUCCACAAAUUUUUUAGGACAAAAAGUCAUAUCAAAAAGAACUAAUCUAACAACUUUACUUUCAGCUUAAUAUUUACAUGCUUAUAUGCAAUGGCUGAGAGAAUUAAUUUCAAUGCUUUUCUAAUGUUUUUUUUGCUAAAAUUUUCUAAAAUUUUUAAUUUGAAUUUCAGCUUACUAUAUAAUAUUAUAAUAAUAAUUAUAUAUAAGAUAUUUGACAAUUAUAUACUUACCUCCCCAAUAAACUGUGAAAUUUAAUACUUUAUUAUUAAAGUUGUAAUAACAUUUAUUUAUAAUUUGUACUUCAUCUGCUUUAAAGAUAGGAAUAAGUAAAUUCAUUUAAAUGAAAUAUGCACAGUAGGGUGAUUCAAAAAAAAUUUUUUUUUUUCGGUUGGUACUCGGAAAAAUAGAUUCCAAGACACCUCUCAGAAAGCCUCUCCAAAUAUCCGCUGUUUCCUGAUCAAAAUACGCGCAACUGAAUUAAUCACGUUGUGGUAGACGGUAGGCACACUUCCGGUGUUAUAGUUUUACGUACAUUAUAUUGUCGCCGAUUAUAACGAUGGCUGUGAAAGAGCGAAUCCGCGAGAAGAGAAAGGAAUAAAAACGCACUUUCAACAAAAAGAAGAGAUACAACAAAACGUGAGAGUACACUCGGAAUUCGGGGGGAACGCUUCUUGAAAGUAUUAAAUAGCAAAACCAGUGCUGAGACGGAUGAAGAAGAACUCGCAUCAACAAUCUACCGUGACAACAUUGUCAUCCAGCUACUCGACUAACUGACAAACAAAUCGACAUCCAUCACCUUUAUGUUUAAAUACGCUUUUGACAUCUCUAAUAGAAGCUGCCUAUUCGAUGCCGUCUAAUUUAGGUGCGAAACUCAUACAGUUAUGCGGAAUGACGUUGAGCACAAUCAUUUACUCUGUCAAAGCGUGUCUGCUCUUCAAUUUAAUCCUGGAAAAAGUGAUACGUGCCGCUGAUCUGAAUCGCAGUAGGACUGUUUUCUCAAAAAGUAUAAUGCUACUUGGGUCCGCUGAUGAUGUUGACAAUGCAGGCCUUAACAAGAACGCAGCCUUUCCCAUCUUGAAAAAAAGCAGCAAAAGAAAUUGGUCUGCGGUGAACGAGGGCAACCGCAAAGAUUUCUCGCCCGUGGAAAUGUGAAGAACUUUGUAUAUCUGGGAACUAGCAUAAAUUCCUCCAAUAAUCUGUGAUCGGUAUGCAAUUAAGAGACAGAUUCCUUUCUCGACGAACAAAAACUGCGCUCUAGUCCCUCAUUAUUCUUGUCACAUUAUACAUGAUUGAAAACUUUCUUUGAUUCGAGACCCGGGAGUGGGCAACGAAGAAAAGGGCGCCCACUCAUUCAAUAGAAAGACCAAGUGCAUAGCGACAUGGCAGCACUUAUGAUGUACAGCUAUCGUAUUUUCGACAUAGAAUCGAAUAGGUUUUAGCCCGCUUUGCUUUCGUUUUGAAUGCAGUUAAGAAACGAUGUUUCAACCUCUUUUUGCUAUUUGGUGGUGGUCUUGGGGGAAAUCCCACAAGUUUUCCCAGAUGUGGUGGGAUGAUAUGAAUUAGGAUUAGUCUCUUAUCGUUUAUUUAUAACGUUGACAGACGGCAGCGUUAAUCCGGAUUAACUGUGACCUUAAUCACAUCCAAAUUUUAAGGUGACAGACGGCAGCUGUGUGAGUUUGAAACUCUCGUAAACAGCUGAUAAUCAUUUUUAUAACAUAAUACUUUCAAUGAAAAUGGAUAGGAGAUAAACAUUGCGGUUGUUAGCCGCUCAAUAGUUACAAAACCAAUUUUUAUUACAAUAACAUAUCAACACGUUAUUUUUAAAACUGCAUCAUAUCAUAACAUCAUAACAAAAAACUUCUUGAUGAAAAUUUCUUCUUUCUUGAAAAUAUGAAAAACAGCUGUCAGUUUUGCUUGUUUUUCAUUCACAGUAGAUUACAAUUGGCCAUUUUUAACAAUGUUGCCAACGAAAAUGCAGCUAACUUUCAAAAAUGUUGCGGAUUAAAUGGGAGUUAGCGACGGAGUUAUCUUCACUAAUUUAAGGACUAACGUUGCCGUCUGUCAUUGCUGUUAUCAUGUUUGAUUAGGCAGUAUCAGUUUUCCCUAUUAGGGUGGUGUUCAUAUGCCUCUUAGGCGAAUAUUUUGCCUAGUAUUACAAAUAUUUGCUUUAAAUGGUAUGUGGACAAGCAUACAUGGUGGCCGGAGGAAUAUUUGGUGAUGGAGAUUAUGUAUGUGUCGGGGAUUUCGUUUGUAGAUGAUUCCGUAGUGGAUUUGCUUGUGGAUGACUCCAUGUUGUAUUACUUUACACUUUACUAUAACACGAUAACUGCACUUUUUAUUUUCACUACACGAGCACAGCAACUUCUGUUCCUGGGAUUUCAGGACACCAACUGUACCAUUUUUUUAUAUUUAUUUCUCACAUGGAAAUCAGAUGCAUCUCCUUUUGAGUCAUCCAAAUCAACUUCUUUAUUUAUUUGUCUAUUUGGCAUUGUUUUCAAAAAUUCAUGCGCAUUUUUAUAUUUUUUUUUUGCUUGUUAAUGAUUUUAAGACAUAUCUUCCUCUGAACUUACAAGUUUUGUUUGGUGAUCAUUUUUUUUUUCUUCUUUAGCAACACAUGUUCUUCUACAUUACAUUUUAACAUUCACUGAAUCCUGAGCAAAGCAAAGUUACGGCCCUGAUCCGCUAUAAUUCUAGUAGGCAUACCAAACAAACACAUAAAGGCUUUAACGACUUUAAUAGAACUUUCAGUGUCAAUGUUUAAGGUGUGAUGAAAGCAAACAAAUUUUGUAAAUGCAUAUACCGAAACAAUUACGUACUCCUUUAAGUAAUUUUUUUCAAUCAACUUCACCGUUAUGUCUAUAUGCACUACAUGCCACGGAAAGUCUUUCUAUGGAAUCGGAUUUUAUUCAGCCUACAAUUUUUCAAUUGAUAGCUUAGCUAAUUUGCAGAUGAUACAAUUUUCAACAAACCAACGAACAUACUUUGACAUAUUUUCAAACAAAUAAAAUCCAUCGACUUUUUUUGCAACCUAAAUGCAUAAUAGCUUCGUGGACGUGAUUAAUCACUGCCCAUCUAAAUGCCCUAGGAAUUACGGACAAACAGUUAGUUCUACCGUUUCUUUGCAUUCUUCUAUAUAAAAUUCCUUUUCUAAAUUCAUAUGUUUUCUCUAAAUUUUCUGUCAAAUCAUUAUUUUUUUAGCUUAGUUAAUAACUUGGCUACCUCACGCACACAGUAUAAUAGUCUGACGCACGUUAAAGGAAUUGGAAAGACCCUUGUUGCACUAUUAUUACUGUUCCACUUCCCUUUACUAUCUAUUUGCUCCCCACGCCCACUUCUUCUUUCGAUUAUCUAAUAAUUUUGGUCCCUUCUCAUUUUCCAUGCACUUAAUUUUGAUUUUCUUUCUUGUUUUUACUUUGUAUUUUGCUUUAUAUUUUUACUUAGUAUCUUGAAAAACACUAACAAUCACUUUCCUUCAUCGAUGAACAUUCAGCUCCAAAGUUAAAUCAAAAUGGAACGGACUCACCUGAUAAUUUUACCAUCACCUUUGGCGAAACUAAUGUGCAUAUAUCCACACGCAUCUUAUAACGGGUGAUUUUUUUGAGGUUAGGAUUUUCAUGCAUUAGUAUUUGACAGAUCACGUGGGAUUUCAGACAUGGUGUCAAAGAGAAAGAUGCUCAGUAUGCUUUGACAUUUCAUCAUGAAUAGACUUACUAACGAGCAACGCUUGCAAAUCAUUGAAUUUUAUUACCAAAAUCAGUGUUCGGUUCGAAAUGUGUUUUCCGCUUUUUUAUCGACAAAUUUUGUUCAGCGAUGAGGCUCAUUUCUGGUUGAAUGGCUACGUAAAUAAGCAAAAUUGCCGCAUUUGGGGUGAAGAGCAACCAGAAGCCGUUCAAGAACUGCCCAUGCAUCCCGAAAAAUGCACUGUUUGGUGUGGUUUGUACGCUGGUGGAAUCAUUGGACCGUAUUUUUUCAAAGAUGCUGUUGGACGCAACGUUACGGUGAAUGGCGAUCGCUAUCGUUCGAUGCUAACAAACUUUUUGUUGCCAAAAAUGGAAGAACUGAACUUGGUUGACAUGUGGUUUCAACAAGAUGGCGCUACAUGCCACACAGCUCGCGAUUCUAUGGCCAUUUUGAGGGAAAACUUCGGACAACAAUUCAUCUCAAGAAAUGGACCCGUAAGUUGGCCACCAAGAUCAUGCGAUUUAACGCCUUUAGACUAUUUUUUGUGGGGCUACGUCAAGUCUAAAGUCUACAGAAAUAAGCCAGCAACUAUUCCAGCUUUGGAAGACAACAUUUCCGAAGAAAUUCGGGCUAUUCCGGCCGAAAUGCUCGAAAAAGUUGCCCAAAAUUGGACUUUCCGAAUGGACCACCUAAGACGCAGCCGCGGUCAACAUUUAAAUGAAAUUAUCUUCAAAAAGUAAAUGUCAUGAACCAAUCUAACGUUUCAAAUAAAGAACCGAUGAGAUUUUGCAAAUUUUAUGCGUUUUUUUUUUUAAAAAAUUAUCAAGCUCUUAAAAAAUCACCCUAUAUUUAAAUAUAAUAUUGUUGUCCGUGCUUUGGCAGCAACGAACAUGUUUAAUUUUGAACAGGAAUCAUAAGGUCUAUGUAGGAAAAAAAGAAAAAGGAAACAGAAGAGAGCUAGAAUUUCAACUCGUAUGAGCAGUCAGUUGAAGCUGAGUGUCACCAAUUGAGUACUAGUUCAAAAGAGAGUAAAAGCUAAGCGUAUUUAUUCAGAGUCAAUUUCUAUUUGUUCAGUAUGUUCAGUAGAGUAUUGAUUAUCGUUGGAAAUUCUUGUUGUUGGAAAGAGAUUUUCGUGAUUAGGUGGAUUAGAUUGCACAGUAGUGUUGGUAGUAGUAUUUUUGAAGUCAGUAUAUUUAUUAAGCGAGUUUAAGGAGUUGUUUAAGUUAGAAGUGAAAGAGGCUGUUGUUGGACUGAAAAGUUUGGGAUUUAAGAAAGAGUCUUGUUGGGUACAGUUGUAGCUGAUAUUUUUUGCUGAAUGUGAGACGUUGUUGUAGUCCAGUGGUCGGCAUGAGAGGAUCUGUCACUGAGUUGGUGAGCACGAAAAAAUAGUAGCCCAGUGAGAAAUUGGAAUUAAAAUUAAGCAAUUUUUAUUAUUAAUUAAUAGUAUAAUGAAAAUUAACAAAUUGUCUUUUGAGGAUAUAUUCCCUAUUAUCUUUAAAAGACUUGGAACAUAAAGGCAUUGCAUGGCAUCAAAGGCAUUUAGAAUCAUAAAAUAUUUCUCGCAGGGCAUAUUUCGUUUUGCGCUAUGGUCUUGCGUAAUGUCAAUAGUAGAAACACUCAAAAACGCUUCCUUCCUUCCUUCCUUUUCCUUCCUUAUCGGCAAAAUGAGUGCACAGUGGAGAACGUGUCAAGAACGUAGAAAUCAGCUGUUCUCUUAUGUUUACAUUUCAUUUGUUUGACAUUUCAUACAAUUCAACAAAAAUUGUGUAAGCAGCAACAUGGAAGUGGAGAAUAUUGAUCAAAUGCUUUUAGAAUUGUACGAAUUGUACUCUUUAUAUAAUUUAUAUAAACAGUAUAAAAACAAAAAACGAAAGAGAAGGUACAAAAUUCGCCCAAUCAAUCAAAACUGGGGCGUUUGCGGUUACCAGAUAAAAACUUUUCUGGUAAUGAAAAAUAGGGAACCAGAACAAUUUUUUUUGCAUACAAGGAUGCCGCCGGACGUUUAUGAUUUGCUUCUGAAUUUGAUAUCGAAAUCCUUGAAGAAGCCAAGGCAGCGGAUUGGACCCGAGGAAAGGCUCUCGUUGGUAUUACUCUAUUCGUCACAAGGCGUGUCGGUGCAGAGCAUUGCAUGGAGCUAUAAGUUAGGAAAGACAACAGUACGCGAAAUCAUAUUAGAGACGUGUGAAGUAAUCUGGCAGCUACUUUCCCCAAUUUAUGUAAGCGAGCCAACAGAGUCUCAAUACAAGGACAUUGCAAAAGAUUUUUAUAAUAUGUGGAACAUUCCGAAUUGUGUCGGUGCAAUUGAUAGUAAGCACGUUGCUAUUAAGUGCCCGGCCAAUUCCAAUUCGAUGUUUUACAAUUAUAAAAAAUUCUUUAGCAUUGUUUUGAUGGCUGUAUGUGAUGCGAAAUAUACGUUCACAGCAGUUAGUAUUGGCAGCUAUGGAAGUCAAAGUGACGGAGGAAUCUUUCGACUUACUCCAUUUGGCCAUGCAUUAAUACAAAACACUCUGCCUUUGCCACCACCGCCACUGUCUGACGUGUCACCGGAACCUUUUCCUUACUUUUUUGUUGGAGAUGCCGCAUUCCCAUUACGAAAUAAUUUAAUGCGCCCAUUUCCUGGAGCUAAUCUAACACACACGAAACGUAUUUUCAAUUAUCGAUUGUCACGCGCUCGUAGAGUCAUAGAAAAUUCCUUUGGUAUAUUGACUGCUCGGUGGAGAAUUUUGAAAACAACGAUUGAAUGUAAUCCAGAAAAUUGUGUUGGCUUGCAUAGCCUUACACAAUUUUAUAAUGUUGAAUGAUCACAAUCGCUGGUAUUGUCCGGAGAACAUUGAGUUGAAGGACAUAACGUUGUUCAUGCCGGUGAGUGGCGCCGCGAAAAUGAAAACAAUUCUUUACGACCAAUGCGAACUUCAGUGCGUAGAGGUCCUUCAAGUGCGUUUAAUUUACGCGAAAGACUUGCUAACUAUUUUAUAAAUGAAGGAUCUGUACCAUUCCAGAACAAUAUAGACUCUAUCACAGGAGGACCAUAUGCUCCUGGAGAACCUUAUUAAAAAUAAUCACCUUUUUUUAAAUUUAUGAGAUUAUUUAUUUCAUUUCAUUCAUUUUUUUAAUUAAUAACAAUUCAUUUCAUUUUUUUCAUUUUUUCAUUAAUAACAAUGUUUAAACUUAUUUACUAAUGGACUAAUGGAUAACGAAAAUAAACACAUAAAUAAAUAUAAAA